GCAGGGGAGAAAAACACUAGAGUUUGGUUUUGGGGAUUCUCCAACCCGGCAACUGAGCAACCAGUAGCCGAUCGAAUCAAUGAUUAGGGGGAGAGAGCUUACAUGUUGGUCUCUGUCAAAGUGAACAAGCUUGCUAAAAUCCUCGUCUUGGCUUUGGAUCCUUCUGUCUUCCACCAGCGGCUCUCCGAAUCUUUGGUUUAGCCGAUUUGAAUCAGAUUGGGAUGAAAUGGGAGUCUCGAUUCGGAGUCUUCAGGUUCUGAUUAAGGGGAAGAGAAAAUGAAGGGUGAAUCAAAGAAUAUGCGAAAGAAAGGAAGAUGCUUGGCUUGGUUCAGCGUUUUGGAGAAAGAAGCUGAUGGAGGAGUAUAUGGUCUGAAACCAGAUAUUCAGGACAUCACAAAGCUUAUAGAUGAUUUAUCGCUGAAUACACUCCUUGACGGAAGCUGCACGUAUCCAAGUUUAGGAAAAGACAAGGGGAAGAAACCAACUGACAAUAUUAUGCUUUCUAUUGGAAAAGCUUGCUCAAUUCUUCAACUCCCAAGUUUGCGCCAGCCCCAGAAUUUUGCUGAGGUUGAUAGCCUUUCUAAUAAGAAAAUUUCCACAUUCCUCUCAAGCUCUGUUCCAAUUGUAGCAAAUGGUGAAAAUGUUUAUUCUUGCAUGGCAGAUGUAUCAUCAACAGACAAGGUUGAGGACUAUUGCACCUUAGCUGAAGCUGAAGAUUCUAUUAAGCUGCUUGAUUUUCAGUUAUGUAAACCUAAAGAUGUUUUGAAACGCCUUGUGCUUCCUCCACCCAAGGAUUUGGAGUCUUUGCUUCUGGAUGCAAUUAAGCGUGCUGUAUCUUCCAGGAACACUCCUGAUAUGCGUUCACGCAAGCAAAUGUCUCGUAGAGCUAGCUUGCCGCCAUUUCCUUGGUCACACACUUUUAAUGGUCAUUGUAGAAUCAAUUCUGAUGCUACUAAAUUAUUAACAAGUAAGAGUACAUGCCAAGGAAGAUGGGUAAGAAUACAGAGUUCUGCUAUUUCUCUCAGUACUGGCACUGGUUGCUUUGCAAAUUUGGAGUCAUUAGUUUAUGAUGAAAGUUUAGUUCCUUCAGAAGAACGGAGCUUAGGUGUUAAAGAAAAUAGCACUACUCCAUCUGUACCUCUGGGCCUUUCUUGGGGAAAAAUGGGUUCGUCAUCACCUGCCACCUGUUCUAGAGCUUCAUGUGCUUCUCAAGAUUCUGGAGGUGAGCUGAAGUAUCAAGCAAACGUCGAGCAUUCUCCAGCUUCAUUGGCUGCAGCUCAAACCUUGUAUGACAUGGCAACUAACACAUUGAGGCGAAACCAAGAAGGAAUAGUAAGGUGGACAAAGAAGCCUUCAGAGAAGGCUAUGAAAGGUUGCAAGUCAAAAUUGAGUGAGAAGGCUGAAGAAUUAUUUUCAACAAGGUUUGCGGUAAGGGAAUCUGAUGAUUUAGCAGCUUCAAGAAUUGGUGCGGAUCAGAUGAUGCCAUCAAAGAGGACUAAGGUUGGUCACUCCAAAGUCGAGAAUAAAAGUGAAAUUGGAUCAACCAAAUAUGCUAGAAAAAGACCAGCAAAUUGGUUGACUCAGAGAUCAAAUGGAUCAGCACCCAACAAGUCAGUUAGUCAUUUGAUUGCAGAAACGAGCCAUUCUGGUGCUGUCAUUGUGAAGCAAUGAUGCGUGUUGCAAUCACCUGCAGAGUUUCUGGAACAGGGAAGCAACGAACGCAAAUGAUCAAUGAUCUCUUACCACAUAGGCAACAAAAACACACUUUAACAUUAAUUUGUUGUUAUUCGUCGAUGUUCCUGUUGGUUUACCAACAAAUGGUUGAUUUGUAAAUAUGUUGUUGUAGGGGAAGCAAUGAUGUGGUCAGUGAACGGAAUAUUUGCUCUGAGGAGAUCAAGACAACAUUUUCUUGUUGUAACGUUAAAGCCUGUUGUAGAUUACAGCAGGGCAUUCUUUGCCUUGUGGAGAUUAUUUGAUAAAGCAAUACAAAAUUUCAGUUUGUACCGUGUA